AGAAGUCAUAUACCCAAAAUCUGUCUUUUAGGCAUACAUAUUACAAAAAAUAAUCAUGGCAGGUGAAAUGGUGAAUAUUCCUUUAUCAUCUGAUGAUGAAGUGAUUAAUCACCAACAGCAGAAUAGAAAUCAUAAUUCUUGUCCACAAACAGAAAUUACUUUGGACGGUGAUGAAGCAGAAGAAAAAUCUCGAUUAAUCCAACAAGUCUUUCAACUUCAAAAUACUUUGGAUGAUCUUGCUCAGAGAGUCGAUGCAGUUAAAGAUGAGAAUGUGAAAUUGAAAUCUGAAAAUCAGGUUUGUCUUUUAUUCUUGGUCAAUAUAUUGAGAAUUUAAUGGCUGCAUCAAGUGUGUUUCAAGGAAACAGUAAAGUGAAAAACAAGAACGAAAAACUCAAGGAUGGAAAAAGGUGAAAAGAAUUUUGAUAAAAUGAUUAUUUUUUUGGUUGUACAAAAUUUAAAAUAUUUUAGUUUAUUUAUUAAUGUAUAAUAUACAAAUGAAGUAUAA